AUGGUUGAGAAACUCGACUUAUCAAAGACUCACCGGUCGGCAGACAUGGUCCACCUCCCAGAUGGCGAAUACGACCUUUCACAUACGCAUGGACGUGGGCAACAGCAAGGGUUACUCAACGCACAAGCCCUUCAGCCCAGGACAAAAAGGUACAAGUCCGGAAAAAAGAAAACCGACGGGCUACAGGUGCUCGACCUGAAUACGGGCGCUCGCAGAGCGCGGAAUCACGGCCCGCGCGCACGCGCCUCGGGUUGUUGCAUUAUUGGUCACCUCCAGUUCUCAUAUGCCCUGGAAGGCAACGAGGGUGUAGCAGUGUGCGCCGCCGGCUGGCGAUCAGGUUCGUCCGUUGAGGUACAAUACCUGCUGAUGGCUUGGAGAAAAGGCCACAAGGUUCGAGAAAACCCAAAUAUCAUCACUGUAAACCGUGUGUCCCACUAUGCUGCUAGCAAUGUGAAAUCUCCCCAUUAUCCGUGUGAUGUUGCAUCCAUUAAAAGUCUGUAUCACUCCUUCCAUUCUCGCAUUCUCGAGGUGAGCAUGGCAGGCAAAUCGACAAUCGAAAAUUAA